ACUGUAAUCAGUUUAUAGGCGACACUGGAGACGUUGCUUUACUCAGAACCUCAGUUGUAGAGAUUUAUAAUAAAUUAAAGGAAUUUUAUCUCGGAGUGUUGCUUUAUAAACGGCCAAUAACCAUUUUAAUAGCAUGCUAAAUUAUAUAGGCGCGUUUUGGACGCUCGUUGCGCGCGAGCUCGUGAUGCCCUAAUGCGCGUGCAUGUCAGCUCUUAUGUCUAGAACAGAUUUUGCGUUUCUCUGACACGUUUUUAAGAUUAUCCCUUAUUUUUAUUUGUAUUAUUAAUAUUUAGAACGCCUGAUGUAAAGCGUUAUUUCCAUCAUGUCGAGGAGAAAAGUUCGUCUCGCGCGCUCUGAGCGCACAGCGAGCGAGGACUCGGAUAUAGACAGCCUGCUCGCGAGCCUCUCUCCCGAUGAGGUGGAGGAGCUGGAGAGGGAACUGGUCAUCAUCGACCCGGAUCCCAGUGUUCCGGUGGGGCUCAGGCAGAGGAACCAAACCGAAAAGGAGCCGACACGUGGCUACGACCGUGAAGCCAUGCUGGUCUACUGCGAGCAAGAAACCAAGAAGCUCAUAGAGAGGGAGCUUUCUUUCGAGGGCGAGGCCAAAGGUGAAUGCCGUAGAAGGGAACGGCUUAGGAGAAAAGGUAGCAAAGAAGAGCGGAGCUUUUCUAGAUCACACAGCCGUGAAGCGUCUGACAAAGAUGAAACUAAAAAUGAAAAAGCGCAUGUCAACGAGGAAAAAACUACCUACAAAAAUGACAAUGAUGGAAAAAUAAAACUAGAGGAUGAAGUCAAAGCGACCUCCGACAUCAAAACAGAGUGCAGAAACAGAGAAAAGCAAAGGGAAAGAUAUGUUAGUGAAGAAGAAUUCGAAAGAGAGGUAGAAAAUAAAAAAGAUGCAUCUAAAACAGAGCGAGGUAGCAGCAAGACAUCGGAACUCAUAUCCAAGCUACAGAAGAAGGAGGAUAGCAAAGAGAAGGAGAGAAAGGAUAACAGUAAGAAUGGAGAAAACUUAAAAACAAAAGGGUUGAUGUCCAAGUUACAAGGCAACAAAGAGAGAGAAGUAAAAGAGAAGGAGGUAGAGACAAAAAGAGAGAGUAGAACAAAAGGACUAGCCUCCAAACUGGAAGAGCCAAAGAGCGAAACAGAACAUAGCAGAGUGUUGGAGAGAAGAAACAGACAGAGAAAUUUAGAAGAUGAUGUGAAAGAGAAAAAUAAGGAAAAAGUAGAGGAAAAGUACUGUGAGAAAAAUAGACCCUACUCUGAAAGAGAUGUAACUGGAACAGAGAAACGGAAGGACAGACUGAAACGGUGGGAGAAGGUGGAUGAAUUCGAGAUGGAGCAAGAAAGGCAGAAAGAGGUAGAGAAAAAGAGAGAGAGAGGUAAAGAAGAAGGGAAGGGUGUAGUAAAGAAUGCUAAAACUCAAAAUAAUGUGACUGAGACCUUCAGUAGUGGGGAAGACCAAUCUGUCAAAACCGAGGAUGAGGAAGAGCAGGAUGAUGAGGAUGACUGUAUAGACAGUGACACUGGCUCCAGCAUGUUUGAUGACCUCUUGGAGCAGGUGCGUAGUGAUGAUCCUGAACUCACUGAGCUAAACAUCAACAACUCUGAUGUUAUCAAGACAGAUACACUGAUCCAUUUUGCUGAAGGACUUCGCAGUAACACUCACAUUAAAACGUUUGCUCUCGCCAACACAAGAGCCGACGAUCACGUAGCUUUUGCCAUUGCUGGGACUUUACGGAACAACUCUACAUUAACAGGAAUCAACUUGGACUCCAACCUUCUCACCGGCAAAGGCAUUCUGGCUAUCAUUGAGUCUUUGCAGUACAAUGCCACCCUUAAAGAGCUCCGCUUUCACAACCAGAGACACAUCUGUGGAGGGAAGACUGAAAUGGAAAUGACUAAGAAACUACGGGAUAAUACUUCGUUACUCAAGUUGGGUUAUCACUUUGAGCUAGCUGGGCCAAGGAUGACCAUGACCAACAUCCUUAGUCGUAAUAUGGACCGUCAGCGGCAGAAACGACUGGAAGCACAACGCCUUGCUCAGGCAAGCUUAGUGCCCCCUAGUGAAGAGAAAAAGAAGCUUACACCUGACAAGCCCAAACCUAAGCAAACUCCACAGUCAAACCCUUUCGAAAAAAAGGAACCUAUACUAGCAAAAGUUUCCAAAUUUAACAAUCCCUCUUUACCCUCCAAAACCACUCAGUCCCCCAAGUCCACAGGUGCCCCCUCAUCAUCCAAACCUACAGCUAAAAAAGAUGGGCUCACAACAGAGUCAAAAGCAGGACCUCCAGCUCCUCCACCUCCUGCACCAGUGCUAGAUAUUCAGGCACUUCGGAGGUCAUUGACCUCAGUCUCACAGCGCAAACAAGACAGCAGCAGUGUCUCAGGACGUGGAACACAAAAGAGCUCCAGAGAUCAGUUACUGGACUCUAUCAGGAACUGCAGCAUGAACACGCUAAAAAAAGUCGAGGUUCCUAAGCUGCUGAAGUAACAGAUGACUGAAAAACCAAAAAGGCAGAGUCAGCUUUAGUGGAUGUCCAUGGUGAUGAUGGCUUUGGAUUCCAAAAGAAUAUUAUAGUACUACUGGAGAACUUUGGUACAUUAGAGCAAUACUCACAGCGUAUUAUAUACUAAAAUCAGUUGGAUCCUUAGUGCAGGAUUUGACUUUUUAAAUUCAAUUAAGUAUGUUGAAUAAAUGUCUUAUAAAGAGCACACAUACUUUGUAAAUUAUAUUUUUGAUUAAUGCCUCUAUAUCUUGCAUAUAAUUUAUUUUUGAGGCAUGAAAAUCGAUGAAUUGUGGAUGUUGACUACAAAAACAAGAUUUGUCUUAAAAAGGAAAAAAGCCAUUAAUUAAAAUGUAGAAAACUGUUCAAAACUAUGAGCUGCUUUUUUCACUUGCAAAAAGCUUUCCUCUUUGUAGUUCAACCUACUCAUACAGUUACGUUAACUCCUUGGGAAGACAAUUAUAUCUGUAGCAACUUACAACCUGCACUGGUGCACAUUUAGGUUUUCCCAAAUGGCCAACAAUGUCUCUCAAGCAGUUAACUGUAAUAAUAAAAAAUAAAAGCUCACCAUCUCCAUUAUUAUAUUUUGUUAAGAUGUGUUUUUGUUCCUGUAGGUUUGCUACACUAUAUUAACACUACAUUUGGAGAUCAAUUUUGUAAAAUGCAGCAUGAAUGUUUGUUUGGAACAGCUAGAGUUACUGUUUUUUGUUUUUGUAGGAGGUGUGUAUAAUUUAAGGCCAAGACAACAUCUAUGAUAUUUAAAUAUUAGGCAUUGUUUAUUGUAACUGACAUGUCAUCAGUAGAUGUUGUCACACAUUAUUGGAUGUGUGACAAAAAUGUAAAUGUAAAAUAAUUAGUAGCAUAAAUAGAGUAAUUUGUAUGGUCUGAA